AUGCCGCUAUCAACGCAGAUCGCGCGCGUCUCUGAUGGCCUGCCAUUGGCGCAGAGCGUCGACGACGGCAAAACGGAAACAGAUCUAUCAGAGCACAAACAACAAGCCAAGCUGAUCUUCCGACGCAUCACGCCAUCGUCCGAGCAGCGCUGCAGCAUCGAAAGCGGCAAAUAUACAUUACACUACCUCAUCUCUCCACCACCCGCCAUGCCAUCCUCGGUGGUCUACCUCACCAUCGCCGAAAAGUCCUACCCGCGCAAGCUGGCGUUCUCAUACCUCGACGAGCUCUCGAAAGAGUUCGAACGCAGUUAUGGCAAUCAGGUCGAACAGAGGACGCUGCGCCCCUACGCGUUUGUGAGCUUCGACACGUUCAUGCAGCGCACCAAGCGGUUGUAUGAGGAUUCACGUACGGCGCAGUCCGCGGCAUCGUCGAAUCUGGAUCGACUGAACGAAGACCUUCAGGAUGUCACGCGGAUUAUGACCAAGAACAUGGAGGAUCUGCUCUGGCGUGGCGACAGCCUGGACCAGAUGUCUACCAUGUCGUCCUCGCUACGCGACGAGUCGCUCAAAUACCGAAAAGCGGCACGCCAGAUCAACCUCGAUGCGCUCUACCGCAAAUGGGCACCUGUAGGCGCGGUUGGCUUGCUGCUUUUGUUCAUCAUCUGGAUCAAGUUCUUCUGA